GCAUUUUCAGAGCAAAUAGAUAUUUUAGAGUUCAUGCGAGAGAAAGAGAAUAGGGGAGAUUUCACAUUUUUCGAAAAUAAGAACUGAGCAUAAAUCAACUUUUGGAGAUUUCAUAACAAGUUCAUUCAAAAUGUCACACGGCAAAGAAUUUCAGCAGAUGGACGUUUCCAUGGAAGAAUUAAAUAACGUCACAGAGAACAUUCUGCAGCAAAAUGACACUUUGAGAAAACAUCUGGAGAAAAUUUCCAAGAAUUUACGCAAAAGGAAAGAUUUGGACGCUUCAUGCAAAACCUUGAAAAAGACACGAAAAGCUGCUAUCGAGGAAAACAGAAAACUGGUGAAGCGGCUGGAGAGUCUAAGAGUGGACGUGGAAAAGCAGAUACACGUGGAAAAAGUGUGUGAAGAAGAGAGGACAAAAACAUAUCAGGCCUUGGAAAGUAACCAAGAACUGAACAGAGUGACGGCCGCUCUUCAGUCCAAACUUCAGCAGCUGCGACAAAUGGAAGAAGAAAUCUCCAGCAUGAAAUCUGAACGUAAACGUUUAGAACGGGAGAACAGAGAUCUGCAAUCCCAACAGAAGAAACUCCAAAAGAAGACUGCCCGCAAAGCACACCUUGAACCUUAUUGGAAAAAGCAAUUUGAUGAAUUCCAGGCUUUGAAACAAGAAACUAAAGAACUGAGGCAAAACCUUCAGGAGCUGAAAGACCAAAAUAAGGAACAAAAGAGGUUGGCAGGCAACUAUCCUAGCAUGGAAGAAGAAUGGCUACAUCUCACAGUUCUGAGGGCUCAACUGGGAAAAGAGAUUUCUGAACAGAGAGGGCAGCAGGAGGAAACACGUCAGCUGAUUGCUCGACGUGAGGAGGAAAGGAGAGAACUGGAAUUGCUCCGAGAACAAACGAAGGCCUUCACAGCAGAAAAAAAUGCACUGGCAGAAGAACUGCAACACCGUGAAGCAUUGGAGUGUGAAUACAAGGAGAUGCAAGAAGAAACUAACCACUUGGUGACAACAUUCCUCACACUGAACAUAGAUGUUGCAGAGCUGAAGCACCAGGUUUCAAACAUGGAUGAGCUGCAGGAAAAACUUAAUGAUGAAAAGGAGAGAAAUUUGAAGGUAAAAAACGAGGUUUCAGAACUAAAACAGCAGCAGAAGGAACUCCAGAGGAAGGACAAGGAAGUAAAAGAGGUGAAAGCUGAAUUUACCAGAAUCUCUGAAGAAAAAUCCCAACUUGAAGACAAAAAGAAGCAGCUUCAGGAUGAAGUUUCAGAACUGAAACAGCAGCAGAAUGAAGUCCGUGAACUGGCUGUUCAAUUCAACCAUGUACUGAGUAAACUGGGACCUCUUCGAGAAGAAACAAAGGACCUCAGAGAUGAAAAAACAAUGCUGACAGAUCUGCUGAAACACCGUCAGACACUGCAGACUGAAUACGAUGAGAUAACAGCAGAAACAGACGUUGUGCAGGAUGAAAACUUGGACCUUCAAAAUAAAGUUGCUGAUCUGCGGAACAAGGUUCAUAAUUUGGAUGAUCUGGAGGAAAAUGUCUCAAAAGCAAAGGAGGAAAACCUCAAGUUAAAGGAGAAACAGGACCUUCUCAAGAAGGAACUCCAAGAUCUGCAAGUUCAGAAAGAACAGAUGAGGUUAAAGAAACAAGACGGUAGUGGAGGAAAAACGGGACUUUGUUGUAAAGAAGGAAGAUCUGCCUCAGGAGGAAAACUCUGCGUCUUUAAAAGAACAUCCAAAACCUUGAUGAACCGAUUCUGAUUCUGAAGCAGCAAAAAUACAUUUUCCAGCAAGAACCUGAUGAUCUGCAGGAUCAAUGUCAGGAAAAAAGAGGCAGUACAUGAAAACUGCCUGACGGAAAAAAGGGAAAGUUUCAACCUGGAAGACCUGAUAAGUGAUCUGAAAACCAAGUUUUCAGAUCUUAUCCUGAACCAGAGCGAAAAUCCAGAGUUUUUCUCCAAAUCUAAU